AUGUCGACAUUAGCAGCCCCUUUAUCAGUUGCUGGAACGAGACAUUCCGGAGCUCCAGUACGAACCCAAAAUGUUAUGGCAGCAGCAGCAAUUGCUAACAUAGUAAAAAGCUCUCUUGGUCCAGUAGGAUUAGACAAAAUGCUUGUGGAUGACAUUGGAGAUGUGACAGUUACUAAUGAUGGUGCCACUAUUCUAAAGAUGUUAGAAGUUGAACACCCUGCCGCUAGAGUAUUAGUAGAGUUAGCGCAGUUGCAAGAUGAAGAAGUAGGAGAUGGUACCACUUCAGUUGUUAUUAUUGCUGCUGAAUUACUAAAGAAUGCAGAUGAACUUGUAAAAAACAAGAUUCAUCCCACAAGCAUAAUCUCUGGGUACCGUCUGGCUUGCAAAGAAGCAGUAAAGUACAUUCAGGACAACCUCACAGUGACUGUUGAGUCACUUGGCCGGCCAUCUCUCAUUAAUGCAGCCAAGACGACAAUGUCAUCAAAGCUUAUUGGAGCUGACGCAGAUUUCUUCUCAGAAAUCGUAGUUGAUGCUGCUCAAGCCGUCAAGACCCUCGACCCUAAAGGAAACCCCAUGUAUCCUAUCAAAGCUGUUAAUAUCCUAAAGGCCCAUGGGCGAAGUGCCCGGGAGAGCGUCCUAGUUAAAGGAUAUGCUCUUAAUUGCACUGUGGCCUCUCAAGCCAUGCCCAAGAAGAUUUUGAAUGCCAAAAUCGCCUGUUUGGACUUCUCACUGCAAAAAACCAAGAUGAAAAUGGGUGUUCAGGUACUUGUAUCAGACCCAGAAAAACUUGAAGCUAUCCGAGCUCGUGAACUCGAUAUCACCAAGGAACGUCUCCAAAAAAUCCUAUCUACUGGAGUGAAUGUCAUACUUUGCAGCGGUGGUAUUGAUGACCUCUGCCUCAAGUAUUUCGUUGAAGCUGGAGCAAUGGGAGUGAGAAGAUGCAAGAAGGCGGAUCUAAAGAGGAUCGCUAAAGCUACCGGAGCCGCUUAUUUGACUUCGCUGACGAAUAUGGAUGGUGAGGAAGUAUUCGACACCAGUAUGAUCGGCGAAGCUGCGGAAGUUAUUCAGGAACAGAUUUGUGAUGAUCAACUCAUCUUAAUCAAGGGUCCCGUAGCUCGUACAGCAGCUUCAAUAAUCCUCCGUGGACCAACUGACGCUUACUGUGACGAGAUGGAGCGUUCCGCCCACGACGCGUUAUGUGCGGUGAGACGUGUCUUGGAGUCUGGAAAACUUGUACCCGGUGGCGGAGCGGUGGAGGCAGCCCUGUCCAUUUAUUUGGAUAACUUUGCUACAACACUGAGUUCUCGCGAACAAUUAGCGAUAGCUGCGUUUGCCCAAUCCUUGCUGGUAAUACCGAAAACGUUAGCAGUAAAUGCGGCGCGGGACGCCACAGACCUUGUUGCUAAACUGCGGGCCUAUCACAACUCCUCACAGACUAAGGUGGAACAUGCAAACCUGAAAUGGGUGGGUCUAGAUCUCACUGAAGGCACUUUACAGGCAGCGAUCACCAUUUUACGUAUUGAUGACAUGAUUAAAUUGGACCCGGAACAGAAAGGAAAGUCGUACGAGGACGCGUGCAACGCCGGAGAAUUGGACUAG